CAACGUCAUCUAAAGUUGAUUCAUUGCUUUCAAGUAGUCCCUAGAACGAUUUCCACCCGUCAAUGAAGGCGCCGUAGACUGAUUUAUAUUCAAAAGAUGUUCCAGAUUAAUUUUGUUGCAAUGUUAUUGUAUUUGGCUGUGAUAUUUACACUGUCCGUGUUAACAUCUUUGGCCUUCAAUCCGUUUAUGGAUAGUGAUCUACACUCCAUUGACUGGGCUGGUCCUUCGUCAAUCGACCAGAUUGAAGAUAGCAAGAAUGUUGUUGUGAUGAAAACAGGGGCUAACGAGAAGUAUAAAUGUGUUUUGCCUGAUACCAAAGAUUCUGAAGAUGAUUCAUCAAAGAGGAAUUAUGCUGGGCCUACACCUGAUGAGUUAAUGGAAUCUCUGUUUCAACAGAAAACUUGUUCAUACAGGAUUGAAAGUUACUGGACAUAUGAACUGUGCCAUGGCAAGCAUAUGAAACAAUAUCAUGAAGAUAAAGAACUGGUAAUAAAAAGGCUCCCCCUCAGGAGUAUUAUCUGGGGUUUGCUAAACGGGGUUCAAAAAAAGAUUAAGAUCAAGAAAAUAGACAAUAUUGACCUGCCAUAUUUUGAAGUAAAUAUGACAGAUGGGACAACUUGUGACCUGACACAACAGCCUCGGAAAUCUAGAUUUCUUUACGUAUGUCAGCCUGAUGGACGAGGAGAGAUCUAUGAGUUCAAAGAAGUUUCCACCUGUGAAUAUGAGAUUGUGGUCCUCACUGCAGUACUUUGUUCCAAUCCAUUAUUCAAACCCAAAAACCCACCUGUAUCCAAGAUAGCCUGUCAUGCUGUUGAUGGUUCUCCUGACAAGCCAACAGUGUUAAAGCAAUGGGACACAGAGGAAAACAAUUAUCAAACUCAACUUAAUAAAGAAAAAGUUAUAGUUAAGCCUGGAAAUAUCCAGGUAGAGAUUGAGAAUGUAGAACCAGCCACUCCAGAGCCACCACAACAGGCUCCCAAAGUCUCAGCCCCAGACACCACACUUGGAGAUACAACUGACAAACAAGUGCUCCGGGACUUUCUCUCUGGUAGUCACUGCUUACAAGGGGGGUCUGGGUGGUGGAAGCAUGAAUUAUGCUAUGGAAAAUAUGUUAAACAAUUCCAUGAGGAUCCAAAUGGGAGAACUGAUGUUUUCCUUGGAUAUUGGAAUGAACAGAAACAUCUAGAAUGGUUAACAAAUCACCCUUCAAAGAAACCAGCAGAAAUAGGGAAAAGAAAGUCAUUACAUUAUCUCUAUGUUGAUGGAGAAGUGUGUGAUUUAACUGGUAAAAAAAGAUUAGCAGAAGUUAGAUUAAAAUGUGUUCCUAAUCCUGGACAGCCACAUUCAGUCUCUAUAUAUCUAAUGGAACCUAAAGUUUGUGAAUAUAUUUUAGGAAUUGAGUCCCCUCUGUUCUGUAGUAUACUAGAUCGAGCAGAUGACAAUGGUUUAAUCAAUAAUAAAAUCAAUGUGUAGCGAAUACCAGGACAUGGAGAGUAAACGCACGAGACAACAAACACAGUUGGAUAAAAUCGGGAACGGAGGCUAAAGCUAUUUUUUACCACAGCAAAAUGGCAUUUUACAAUCAUUUUUCUCACAACGAACCAGAUUGGAUAAAAUUCAAGGCUUAUAAUGUUGUCAUGUGUAAGUUUUUCUGUGUCCAUUAAAACAAGUGCCUUUAUUUUAUAAGUUGAUCAUGUUUUGUUUCAGUUAUUGAAACGAUGGACAUUAAGUUAAGUCUUAGAAACAUUUAUUUAGCUCUUCCUGAUCUCAUUUGAAAACUGAAUAUUUACUAGUAUUGUAUUGAAAUUAAGCUUCUGUACUUUGUCAUUGUACAUCCAUGUUGAAUAGUUUCACUAACAUGUAAAAGAUACAAAAGCUUGUUUGCUUGUAAGUGUGGACAAGUCUUGUCAUGUUCACCUGCUAUUUCAUCCUCAAUACUCCACGGGUUAUAAUAACUUUCGCUCUCUGCACCCCUGGAACAGAUGAUGGCAAAAUUGAAGGUUCCAUGUGCGACACCUGGUGAACAAGACAAUGUACAUCAAACAAAUCUUGAGGUUGCUGCACGGUAUAUUGUAAUGGCUUUGAAGUUGGAUGUAUCUCUGAAUUUUUUUUCAACAGGAGCGUAUCAGCCUGUGAUUGGUAUUUGUAAGUUUUUUCUCCAGGAACCAAUCCAAUUACUUCAAUUGUGCCUUCAAUUUCGCCAUGACAUGUUUCAGGAGUGUUGAGAGCGAAAGUGAUCCACUGAAGUAUCGAGGAUGGCUAUUUAUUUAUAAAUCUUGUGGCAUUAUGUUAUUAUAGCUAGUGACAGAUUCAAUGUACCUUUAAUAUCAAAACACAAAUGAUUUUUUUCUAAUGUAUACCAGAAUACAGAGAGUAUAGGUUGAAAUAAUAUUUCUUUGAAUAUAUGUAUAUGCUAUAAUUUUUCAGUUGAUUUCUGUGAAAAUCUUGAUAAAUUCAUUUGUCUAAGUGAAAAUUAUUUGAUUUAUGAUAUUCUUAAAACUUGGCUUAACACGACCAAUUUAUAUUUAGAUUCUUGGUAAAACCGUCCUUUCAAACUUAUGCUGCUAUAUCAUUUCAGGGGAGAUAAUAAGUAUCACUUAGUUUUUGUACAUGUGAAAUGACAUAUCUUUUUGUGGGGCUCAGUUUUUUUAGUUUGAAAAAAAAAAUUAUUUCCUAGACAUCUGAUUUUAUUGAUAAAUUAGCGCAAUAAAUCUUUUCUUAAUCUGAACAUUUUGUGGACAUGAAUUUAAGAGUAUGAAAUCAUAGACAAGAAAUACCCCACUAAAAUCAGUAAGGAUACAAGUUUCAAGUUUUACUAUAUCCAAAUGCAAUACAGCAUAUAAGUACAAGUACAUUGUAUACGUAAUUAAAUGAUCAAAAUUAAUAAAUGUAAUGUACAGAAGUCAAUCAGAAUUGCAAUACUAUAUUCAAAGAUUUCUCAUACACAGAUAGAAUAUAAAUACAUGUAGUUAUUUACCUAUAUCUGAUUAAUGUAUGAAAGUAUAUGUCAUUAAGAGACUGAACUUUGUAGACAACUGUAAAAGUCUCUAUAAGCAGUCAAAUUUGCAACUGCCUGUGGUCGGUCAGAGAACUCCUCAGACAUUUGUUAAAGUAUUAUUUUAAUUUUCAUUCCUAUAUUUAUUAUAGAAAUUUUGAUACUGCAUCUUAUUUGUAAUUUUCAUGGGGGUUAUAUUUUCAGUCUUCUUAGGGGUUUAUAUCAAAUGCAGGUAUAUGAAAAAAUCAUAUCCACAUACAAUGUUUUGAGGAGACAUUUCAAUUCACAGAGGUAAUAUUUCCAAGUGAACUUUAAUAUACCGGUAAGCCUUGAAAUAUAGGGCUCCAACUUUGAAAGCCAUUAGUAUUAAACUAUUUUUGUUUAUCACUACUGUAAACUUAAAAGUUAAAUAGCAGUGUCAAAACUUGGUAUGCAAAUAGUCUUCUGUAGUAAAAGGUAUAGAUUUCCUGUGGAAUAAAACUUGAAAAAUGUGUUCACUUGAAGAUUGCAUUACACUUUUUUGACUUGCAUGAUAAACUUAUUGAAAUUCAAUAGAAAAAGAUUAUGUAACCUUUCUUACUUAUACGGGUUCAGAAUUUUAUCUAUUAAAUUGAUCAGUCAGUAGAGCCUUACACACCAACCUCAAGUAAAGAUCUGAGAUUACAGGUUAUAAGGGCAGUUUGUGUUCGUUAGGAUUGACUUGAAAACAACUGUCUAUCCAGGAUAUGUUUGCUAUUUUAAAUUAAAUAAAAUGUUCUACAUAAGUUAUAGUCAAGGAGAAAUCCAAGUUUCAUUUCAACAAAUGUUUUGUAUUUUGAAAGCUGUAUAUUUAAUAUGUGUUGGCCUACAUUUGUUUAUUCACAUUUUUGUAUUAUGUCUUAAAGAUGUUAUAUCCAAAUAGCUGAUCAGCUGCUAUUGGCAAAUGACAAAUAAAUCUUUUAAAGCAAG